CUUGUCCGCGGUGUUUGAGGCCUCCCAGCACCAACCACUCUUCAAACACUCUCUACCAGGGGACAUCACCUUGAAGAGAAUGAGCCGUUUGGAGGGUCUGAAGGCCAACUCUUCUCAGUUCACUCUGGAGGGAGAGCCUUUCCGGAUCCUUGGAGGCUCCAUUCAUUACUUCCGCGUGCCCAGAGCCUACUGGAAGGACCGACUGCUGAAGAUGAAGGCCUGUGGUCUCAACACACUCACAACAUAUGUGCCGUGGAACCUUCAUGAACCUGAGCGAGGAAUCUUCUACUUUCAGGAUCAGCUGGACGUCAAGGCCUUUGUGACUUUGGCAGCAGAGCUGGGUCUGUGGGUGAUCCUGCGGCCGGGACCUUACAUCUGCGCUGAAUGGGACUUGGGUGGUUUGCCAAGCUGGUUGCUUAGAGACAAAAACAUGCGGCUGAGAACAACCUAUCCUGGGUUCACAGAUGCUGUCAGUUUGUAUUUAGACAAGCUUAUCUCAGUUAUGAGACCACUGUUGUCUGAAGAAGGAGGCCCGAUCAUUGCAGUCCAAGUAGAGAAUGAGUAUGGAUCGUAUGCAAUGGAUGAUCAAUACAUGCCAUUUAUUAAGAACUGUCUCCAGUCAAGAGGCAUUAAUGAGCUCCUGCUGACUUCAGACAACUGGGAAGGCUUGAGAUAUGAAGGAAUGGAGGAUGUUCUUAAAACAAUAAACCUUCAGAGACUUUCGUUUGGCGCGAUCCAGCAGUUAGCUGACAUGCAACCUGGGAAACCCUUAAUGGUGAUGGAGUACUGGUCCGGAUGGUUCGACGUCUGGGGAGAACAUCAUCAUGUGUUUCAUGCUGAUGACAUGCUGGCCGUGGUGUCUGAGAUCUUGGAGAGGGGCGUUUCCAUCAAUCUCUACAUGUUUCAUGGAGGAACCAGCUUUGGCUUCAUGAAUGGAGCGAUGGACUUUGGCACCUACAAACCUCAGGUCACCAGUUACGAUUACGAUGCUCCGCUAUCUGAAGCUGGAGACUGCACCACAAAAUAUCAACUCUUAAGGAAUUUAUUCAGCCAGUAUCACGCUGAGCCUCUUCCUGAAGUGCCCUCUCCUCAGGAGAGGAAGGCUUAUGGCCCUGUUCUCAUCCAGCACCACCUAUCACUGUGGGACAGCCUGCACUUCACAGAAAAGCCACACAGAUCAGAAAGGCCGGUGAACAUGGAAAAUCUUCCUGUCAACAGUAACAAUGGUCAGUCGUUUGGCUACACAUUGUAUGAAACCACAAUCACCAGCGGGGGAGCCUUGAACUCCAGGAACAACAUCAGAGACAGAGCCCUGGUUUUUGUGGACAGAUGCUGCGUUGGUACUUUGGAUUACAAGACUCACGAGCUGGUGCUCCCUGAUGGCAAGGGCAAGAGGACAUUAAGCCUACUUGUGGAGAACUGUGGAAGAGUGAAUUUUGGGAAAGCUCUGGAUGAACAGCGGAAAGGUAUUAUUGGAGACAUAGUGCUGAAUCACGCCCCUCUGAGAGGAUUUACAAUCUUCUGUUUGGACAUGAAACCAAACUUCAUAAAAAGAUUAAUAAAUUCUGGCCCGUGGAAAACUGACAUUCAGUCAAAGUGUUUGCCGGGAUUUUUUCAGACCAGACUCACUGUGGAUGAUCCUCCCAGAGACACCUUCAUCAAGCUUCCAGGUUGGGGCAAAGGAGUUGUCUUUGUCAAUGGGCAGAAUCUUGGACGUCACUGGUUCGUUGGUCCUCAGCAUUUCUUGUAUCUUCCAGCACCUUGGCUCAAAAGUGGAGAGAAUCAGAUUGUUGUUUUUGAGGAACAAAAAGCAAAUGACAAAAUACUGUUUGAUGAAAACCCGGAUCAUGGAAAGACUAUUGAUGUUUACAAACUUCCCUUUUGCACACUGCUGUGAAGAACA